AUGCUAACGAACAAACGACACGAACACGCACAUCAUCGUGCCGACGGGCCGAAGGCGACUCGUUCUAGGCUUAUUCCGCCCGCGCCGAAGGAACACGCUCAGAACUGGGAACAUCUUAGCCUCAUAUCACUUCAGGUCGCUCACUUGCUCACGGAAAGGGCGUGGCUGAGGUCAAACGUUCGGAACGGUCAACAUCCCUUUAUAAGGACUGGAUCCUGGAGUACAGCUAUCAUAGCUACAAUGGCACUAAAAUCUUUCGUAUUCCUCUCACUCCUCGCCUUUGUCCUAUCGUAUCGCGCAAAAUUCGCGCCAAGGCAGCCAUCUAAUCCAUGCCCCAACGGAUGGCAUCGUUAUCUGGACUCAUGUUACUAUUUCGAGCAAAGAAAGAUGAAUUUUGACAAGGCGGAAGUUCGGUGCUUGGAGAAAAAUUCGUUGAUGUUCACCCCGGAGACCGUAGAAGAAUAUAGAGAGGUUAUGAAGCAUAGCCCAAUGAAUUAUUUCACAUGGGUCGGUUUAAAGCAACGUGAAGGGGAACGUGAAGCAAGGUGGACCUCCAGCGGUGGAAUAAGACCGUCACUAAUUGACUGGUUGACUUUAACGCCAGGAACGUAUAGUAAUGGAUGGAGUGGGAGCGCAACGUGUGUGGCACGAUACAAUACCCCGUACAGUAAACCGUACUCAUAUUUCUAUUUCUGUGGUAUGGAUUUCCAUUCGAUUUGCGAGAAAAAUAACACACUCCUGAAGAAUAUUUGGGAUCAAAGCGCAAUUAGGUUUUAA